AUGACUGCCCUCGAAUUAUUUUUUCUACUAUUUGCUGGAGUCUCUAUAGUAUCGGGAUGGAAUAUAAGUUUGAGUCCAAGCGAAGAGCGCCUUCAAAAUCGACGGGCGGGCGACAAUUUCCUGGUGAUUUGCAAGGUUAAAGAUUUCGAAGGAGCCGCGAGCGAUGUCAAAAUUGAAUGGUUCAAAGAGGGAAAACAAAUUCCCAAGUUUGGAAGCACGAUGACCAUCGAACGAACAUAUUCCAACCAACUAAUGAUCAAUCGUCCUAAAACAAACGAUGGCGGAAAGUACACAUGCAAAGCUGAAAUUUAUGGAGAGACUCAAGAAAUAUCCGCAGAGAUAAGCUUUGUUGAUCCUCCAAAGUUCGUCAAUCCUCAAACCGAACAACAUCCAGUAGAGGGUAGUCGCGCUUCAAUUAUCUGCCAAGUCGAGGGAACUGAUCAACUUGAAGUCUUCUGGCAAUUCAACGGUGUUACUCUUGAUGAUGCAUCGCAACGUGGUUACGAGUUCUCUGAAGAUAAGCAAACAUUGUUUAUCCCACACUUCAACGCUAAGAAGGAUGACGGAAUUUACAACUGCAAUGCCGCACAAUACUCCUCAUUUGAAACUUUGUCGAUCAACGUCACUGGCUAUGCUCAACCAACAAUUACCGUAUUCGACGUACCAAAUGGCAGCGCAUUCGAAGGGCACACCAUUGAGCUCAAGUGUGGAGCUGUUGGAAAACCGAAACCAUCCUACAAGUGGUACUUUGAGGGAAAUAUUUUUCAGGACGACUUAAAUCCAAUUGAUCAUUCCGACAAGCACAAUGUUGAAGAUGGACUUCUCAUUAUUGAAUUCCUUAAUGAAGAUGACGCCGGUACUUACAAAUGCGUAGCAAACAAUACUGUGGGAAGCGAUGAAAGAACCGUUCAGCUUGCUGUAUUCUUGAAACCGAAAGUCGAAAUCGCAACGGAGAUUGUCAAGAAAGAAGGUGAAGAUGUGGAGAUUAUCUGUAAUUAUCGUGGCGAAGGGCAACUCGCUGCCAAAUUCGUAUACGGUUCUCAAGAGUUUACGGUGAGGGAUGAGAAACCCAUCGAGACUAUCGAAGAAACCACUAUUGCCGAAAUUUCUGAUGAAACCUCCAUUGAAGAUGUUGAACCUCAUGAAGAAACCGCCGUGCUCCCAACCGACGAAAAUGACGAAAUUGAGGAAUCACGCAAGUGGAAGAGAUUUGUCGACGAUGUUAACAAUGAGCGAAUUGCUGUUCGAGCGGAAGACAAUAAGCUCAUUUUGACGGUCAGACAAUUGUCCUUAGAUGAUGCUGGAAAUUACAAAUGCGUUGUUUCUAAUGAAGCAGGAGCCACCGAAAGAAUUUCUGACGUUAAAAUUAUCCAUCCUCCAACUCUUCGCCACUAUUCUGGGCCAAGUGUACGAUCAUUUGACGGAGACACGCUUUCAAUUUUCUGUGAUGUUUCUGCUGUUCCUGCUCCAAAAUGGAAAUGGUUCAAGGAUGGGGCUGAAAUUGAAGCCAACGGAGCUACCAUUAAAAUUGAUUCGGAAGGCACUUUGUCAAAGUUGACCUUGGUUCAUAACGAGGGAUCUGAUAACUAUGGAAGAUACAAAUGCAGCGCUGACAAUUCCGUUGGAAUUUUUGAGAAAGAAAUUGAAGUCGUUCACGUUGUUCGACCGGCUGUGCCAACUGGAAUGGACUGCAAAAAGUUUAUGUAUCCGAACUACGGAAAAUGUUUCUUUGACGAAGAAGCUUAUUCUGAGGAGAGCGGAAAACCAUUGAAGAUCGAAUUUUUAAUUGCGAAACUUGAAGAGACGGAAUCAGAUUUCAAUUGGAAUGAUGCCCUCUCAGUGAUCGUUGACUUUGAUAAUGACACAAUUAUUCCGGAUCUUACCCCCAGUACUCUUUAUAUGGUCCGAGCUCGAGCUUCUAAUGAAGCAGGAAGCAGUGAAUAUAGUGAAGAGACCAGCUUGGAAACUACUGAUCCAUGGGCCCCACAAGCUCCGAAAUCGGUUAAAAUGGAAUGUUCAAAGAAUUGCAUCAUCUCAUGGACACCUGGAAAUGAUCACGGAAGCCCUAUCUUGAAAUAUCGCAUCACUAUUCAACAGCUUAAUCCUGCACCACAAAACCACAUUAGUGGAAAAGAAACAGAAAGCUUCUCCAGCACAACGAAAUCUGGAGAAAUCGAGCUAACAACUGAAGAGGAGCAAGCAUCUGAAGAAACUAGCUCAGUUGAAAUAGAAACCGAAGAACCUGUGCAGAGUCAUCAUGAAAAUAACGAUAUGACUCCGAUUACAACCAAAGACGAGGAUGAAGUUGCUGAGCUCGGAGGUCCAUUAAUUAUUGAAGUCGGGGCCGAUGAGACAGAACUUCAACUCACACAUAUCAAGCCUCACUCGUAUUAUCGUGUUGCGGUUGCUGCCAUAAAUGAAAUUGGACAAGGAGAAUUUUUGCAAAUUGAGCAUAGAACUGAUGAGAGCCCAACGAAUUUUGAGCAAGACAUUGCCAGGUCAACUCUGCUCAUUGCCGGUGGAAUCGGAUUUUUAUUCUUGUUCCUUGUCGUCGAUUUCAUUUGUUUCUUGACUAACCGAUGUGGUGUUAUUGCCUGCAUUUGCCUUAAUUAUUGUGACAAGAGUGCUCCAAGACGUGAUGUUGAGGCUGGAAAGGGACCAGAAACCAAUCGCCUUUUGGAUAAUAGUGGUACAAGGUAA